AUGGACGUGAACAUGGACGCAGAACAAGUGACCAUCGAAUGGAAACAAUUUGGUGAAAGUUUUGUGGCCGAUUUGUGGCAAUUUUUCAACAGUGACGAAUACAGUGAUGUGACUAUCACCACCGAGGAUGGCCAAGAGAUCAAAAGUCAUCGCAUUUUGCUGGCCAUGUGCUCCACGUAUUUCCGUGACAUUUUCAAGCGAAACAAAAAUCCCGGCCACAUCACCGUUUGCUUAUCAAACAUUCGUUCCGAUGUCGUGCUGAAGAUUUUUGCAUUGAUUUAUGGUGGUAUGGUGCAGAUGACGCCGUCCAGUCUUGGUGAAUUUGUCAAAGCAGCAAGGUUUUUGAAAUUGAACGGUUUUGAUGGCAUCAAUCCGCACAUUGAUAUUGACGAUCUUGUGGAGGCCACCGAACAGAACACCAAUCACAAACGAACGUUUGCAUUGAAUCUUCAACGUGUUGAUACACCAGAAGCACCACGGCAACCGGCCAACAAUGUGACUUUGGACGGGAACAUCGAUAACGUAACAUCGACAAUGAAUGUGUCCAACGAAAAAUUCUUCCCAUCGAGUGACUCCGACUCCGAUGUUUGAUGGUACGGCCGGGCCGAGUGAAACCAAGCAGAUCGAAGACAAUAAAGAUAUUCAUUAUGACAAUUCAUUUGAUUCAAUUUACCGAAUAGAUAGAAACAUUUUGAGCAAAACUGUUGACCGAAUCGCAUUUUAUGUUUGAAAAUAAAAUACAUCUCCUUGAAAAAUCAAGAAAUUUAACAAAAA